UCCGUCCUAUGAAAGGACAAUGCAGAGUACAUUCUGCAGUGCUUCACAUUAAUACUAGCUGUGCAUGUCUCACAUCAGUGUGCAGACUGUGUCUCAGUCACUAGGUGGCUUUUCUUCCGAAUAUGAGAGACUUAUUGGUUUGUUCUUUUUGGAAGUAGGAGGUUAAGGAGCUACCCCUCCCAUCAAGGCCAAGCACAUCCCCCUAAUGAUAUAGCCAGAGAAGGAAGCUUUGCAGGCAGAGUGCCCAGCCAUGGGGAGAUAGUGCUCUGUUGGUGACACUACGGAUAUCUCUGCACUGCAUCUGGGGUGUGAGCUGCCACUCCUGAAUUACAAAGUCCCAAUUCAGUCUCCUCUGUUCUAUGGAGCAUUGCUGAGCAGUUUUCAGACAAGUUACCAGACAUCAGCUUGCCAGUUGGAAGAGCUAGUUUAUCCAUGGUUACUCACUGUUUGAAGAGAGGAGCACACGGCAGGCUUUGCAGACACUAUCACAGCCUUACAGACUGCUGCAGGAUUCUGUUACACUCUGAGAGCACUAGCAGUCCAAGUUAAACUUCUUCUGACACCAUGUUUUGUUCUUAUGUUUGUAAAUCCAGUCAUUAGGACACAGAGACAUGCAGUGGAUUUUACAUCAUCGGCCAAUAUGAAUGACCUUGUGACUCCAACCCCAGCCGAGCUCCCCAAACAUAUACUGGACAUUUGGGUCAUUGUCCUUAUUAUCCUGGCCACUAUACUGGUGAUGACAUCAAUGCUUCUUCUUCCAGCCGCUGCCGUUAUUAUCUACAGAGUAAGAACACAUCCCAUCAGAAGUACCAGUUAGCAAUAUGGAGUCAAAUAUGAAAUGCCAUGCUGGACUUGGCUGCCAUUUUGUGGACAGGACGGUCAAAAAAGAAUCCUGUGCAAUGACGCAUUCUGGGACACAGGCAUACAAUGAACUACUGCAUUCGAUGCCCAUUUUAUACCCUGCACAGUAUUUGGUCAUGAAUGAUUCAUAUUAUAUGAAGGAGCAUUUCAAAGCAACCCCAAUAUAUUAUGUUCACACCAGUAAUUUGCAUGUUUUUUAGUCAGAAUGUUUUGUGUAUUUAAAAAUAAGAUUUUAUUAAAAAAAAAUAUAAAAACAUUUUUUUUUUGGUUUGUCAAAGUUCGACUUGGAUCAUUGUAGUUUACCCUGUAAAUAUGACAAUAAAAAAAUGAACAUGGAGUUUCUUCUUCCAACCGAUGUACAAGACUAC